AAAGCGCAUUUUCGUGUUGCUAACUCGCUGGGCUGACUCGAAAGUUUGUAGUGCCAAUUGCUCUACGAGAUGCUAAGAUGUUCAUUAAAGUGUACAACAAUUCGACCGAGAUCGUAGAACUCCUGACAUUUCACUCAGCAAUCUUUCAGUGAAGUACGUCGUACAUCUCUAGACAGGUUGGUAGGCAAAAUUAGAAAAUACAGUACAAACAAGUUGGGAUUGGGUUGAGAAUAUGUCACAAGCGCAUUAUUCCGAGGAAGAUGAACUGCCCAAGAUAGAGUCCAUCAGCAAUGCCGUCAAGUGCGAGCAGACGGGUCACAUUAUGGAGGCAAUACUGCUCUACGAGGAGAGCAUCUUCAAGCUCAAUCAGUUGGCCAGUUCGGAUCCAAAGCGACAGCAGCUCUGCCACAAAUACUUGAAGAUGUACGAGGCGCGAGCCAAUCAGCUGCGUGAUCAGGUCAAGGUGCAUCUGCACUCCAGCAAAAUGCUGGAGCAUAUUAUAGUUGAGCGGGAUGCGAGGGGGCGGGGCUAUCAGCGUCUGCUCGGCGCUUACUUCAAUGAUAGUGUGAAGGAGGCGCAUCUGAACGAGCCGCAGCUCUGCGAGCAGCAUCAUUUCAAGAAUCUGGUUAACUUCUUUGAGGUGCUGGUCAAGAGUUGUCGCUACUUGAAGUACAUACGACUGACGACGCGGCCGGAUCUGGCGUUGCCAAAGAAUCAGAUGCACAUACUGCAACAGAUUCGCGCCGAUCUGGCCACGGGCAACAUUCACAUGAACUUCCAGUUGGACGAAACGCUGCACGACCGCAAGAUCGUGCUCAGCUCCGGCGUGGUCAUCAAAAUCGGACGCGGCCUGCACUAUUUCGAGCCCACCGAACACCUCUACACGCUGGGCCUGUGCGAUUUCGACUUUCGCAAAUGCCUGGCCACCGAGGUGGACGUCUGGAAGUGCCGUGCCUUCGCCAAGCCACUCAGGCCACAGCCAGAGCAUCCCGUCUACCAGCAGACACCCAAGGAUGCCGAGCAACGUGCCCAAGGCAUGGCCAACAUCUACUCGAGCGAAUAGCGUGCGCAAAAUCAAAACUUGGCUUAUUGCCACUACACACAGCAUUCCGGUCAAAUAGUAACUAAAGCAAAUUGUGGUAUUAGAGCUAAAAAUUGUGCAAAUAUAGAGUAAAUACAGAUUAGC